AUGGCAUCACCCUCCUUACUGCGAAACUCGCCUCGAUCGAACCUUUACGUUUGCACAAGAUGCGCCCUUCGAACGGCAAAAUCCCAAGCCCCCAUCAAGACGACCAGGCGAUGGAUUGGCAUGAAGUACCUUGCUAAGGUUGCGGAUGCGGAAUCAGAUUGGCAACAGCGCGCGGUUGAGAUUGAGGCAGGGAAACGCAAAAGUAUGCUGACCAUACUGGAGGAGAGAGGGCUGGUGCAAUCUGUCACCGGGAACCGCGACGUGGUCGACCGAAGGAUGACUGCAAGACGGCUGGGUGCCUACGUUGGUAUUGAUCCUACAGCCCCUUCCAUCCACGUUGGGAAUUUGGUGCCGUUUAUGGCGCUGUUUUGGAUGUAUGUGCAUGGCUAUCACACUGUGACUCUCCUUGGAGGGGCUACUUCAAAGAUUGGAGACCCAACUGAUCGUCUAACGACCCGGGAGCGGGAGAAUUCAUCAACUCGGACAGCGAACAUGGUCAACAUGCAUUACCAGCUAAAGAAGUUGUGGAUCAAUGUCGAGGAGUAUGGGAAACAGCACGGCUAUUAUUAUGAGAGGGACUGGGCGAUGCACCGGGAGCUAGUGAACAACAAUGCGUGGUGGAAUAAAUUGCCCAUGCUAGAAGUUUUGCAGACCCUUGGCCACGGAAUGCGAUUGGGGUCAAUGUUGGCUCGGGACACUGUUAAAAACAAGAUGAACAAGGGUGAUGGGGUGUCAUUUGCUGAGUUCACAUACCCGAUCAUGCAAGCAUGGGACUGGUGGCACCUGUUUCAGUCGAAAGGAAUCCAUAUGCAAAUUGGAGGAGCGGACCAAUUUGGAAACAUCACGGCUGGCAUUGAUGCCGUUAAACAUAUUGCAAAGAACCACCAUGACCCUGUGAUGCGCGAGAAGGUUGCACCUUUGGGUGAUCCAUUUGGCUUCACAGUUCCGCUUCUCACCACCUCAUCUGGUGAGAAGUUUGGGAAAAGUGCGGGUAAUGCGAUAUGGCUGGAUAGCGAGCACACAAGCACCUUUGAUCUUUACGGGUACUUCUUGCGUACUUCUGAUGCGGAUGUUGGAAAAUUUCUCAAGAUGUUUACUUUCAUGCCUAUCGAUGCAAUUGAUAAGCUGGUCAAGGAGCAUCUAGAAGCUCCAGAACAGAGAAAGGCACAACAUGCCCUAGCUCGGGGGUUAGUAGAACUAGUGCAUGGUGCUCAUGAAGCGAAAGUUGCAGAAGAACAGCACCGGUUCCUCUUUAGGAAGAAGCCAGAGGAGCCUCUGACAUUAGAAGUCCCUGCCGACGCUGAUGCUAAAGUCGGUUAUACCACCCUCAACAACAAACCUCGUGUCAACGUCCAACUUCCUCACUCUGUUGUUCAUAAAUUGAGCAUCGGGCGUAUUCUAUAUGCCUCUGGUCUUGCUGCUUCGGCUUCCGAAGGCCAUCGUCUCGCCCAGCAAUCUGCAGUAUUUAUCGGCGGUAUGCCGCACGGGAAGAAAGAACCCAUGGUCGAUGGCUUCAUCAGUUGGACCAAAAUAAAGCCGUGGAAGUCUGAAGAUACCAGCAAAUUCCUUGUACAUGGUGACCUUCUCAUGCUGCGAAAGGGGAAGCACAACAUCAGAGUUGUUCAAGUCGUUCCCGAUGAGGAGUACGAUACCUCUGGCAAGACUUAUCCAGGCCAGAAACUUCGCCAAGGACCCCUCAGCAAUCUUGAGAUGCGGAACCGGAAGGUGAUGGAGAAUCUCCAGACCCCCAGAGGCAAGAUUGAGGAAGAUCGAUUCGAUUAA